AUGUUGUCGCUCAGGAAGAUUCUCGUGUAUAGCAUCAUUUUCUCAUCCGCAACCAUCAUCGGCUAUGAUUCCGGAUACUUGAAUGGCGUGCUUGGGUCCGAAGACUUCAUCCGAAUCUACGGGGUCAAACAUGGCGUUACCGGAGAGCUGUACUUAACUCCAUAUACCCGGAGCAUGUUUUCUGCGCUGUUCGUUGUCGGAGCUCUUAUAGGAUGUCAAUUAGUAGCACCGCCUACUAGUCUGAUUGGCCGGCGAGGCAACUUGCUUGCAGCAUCUAUUACCUACGCUGUGGGUGUUGCCCUUCAGACCGCUGGACUUGCGCCCGCUGUGUUCAUCGUUGGCCGCUUUCUGCUCGGUAUUGCCCUCGUCCCUGCGUAUCUCAUGGAAUGCUCUACGCCGACGAAUCGAGGACAAUUGAUGGCAUUCUACACCCAAUUCCUCACCACAGGUAACUACACCGAAUCCCGAAGUUGGCGCAUCACGAUUGCAUUUCAGCUGGUGUUGGCACUGAUCGUUUUCGUCGGAGUCUUCUUCUGCCCAGAGUCGCCGCUACUCCUCGCCAAGAAGAGCCAGAAAUCCGAAACGCGCCGGGCUCUCGCCAUUCUCCGCAACGCAGACAUUAACUCACUAGAGGUCGACGAAGCCAUGGUCGAAGUCGAGAAUUACAUCGCAGACCAGAGCGCAAACGGAAGCGCCAAGUUCAUCGAGUGCUUCCGAGGAACCGACCUGAGAAGAACUCUCAUUGGCGUAGCUAUGUCAUUCUUCACCAUAUCCACUGGUAUCACCUUCUGGUUUGGCUACGGAACGACCUUCUUUGCGGCCGCGGCCGUGGACGACUCGUACCUGAUUUCUCUUGUUCUCGCCAUCAACAAUUGCGUCUUCAUGGCACCUUCCAUGUAUCUCAUUGAGCGUUUGGGAAGAAGGACAUCUUUGAUCAUUGGUGGAGUUCUUAUGGGACUCGCUCAGCUGCUCACUGGUGUCAUCCAUAGUGCCGCUCCGGAUAGCAAGGCCGACAAGAUGAUGCUUAUUGUUGGGGCGGUGUUCUUCAUCGCUUCGUAUGCACCAACGUGGGGCAUCGGGGGCUGGCUGCUGAUGGCAGAGCCCCUGUCCGACCGCGCGAGGAAUUACCAGUCUUCCAUCGUUUUGACUGCAUAUUGUAUCAUCACAUGGCUUGUUGGGUUUGUUACGCCGUACAUGAUUGACGAGACAGCCGGCAAUCUCGGGGUCAAAGUCUCUUAUAUCUGGUUCGGUAUGCCCUGA